AUAGAUACACACGCAAUCAGGAACUCCACCUACCCCCUCUUGACCCUUACGUACUCAGUGUAGGUACCUAGGUAUCUAACCUACUAGUGGCGCUAUACUAGGUACUUUAGUAGGCAUAGAGAAAAAAAGAUAGCCUUAUCCAGAGGAAGGAAUGAUGGCAAUGGACUGUAGGUUAUAUCCGACCCAAGAUCGUCGUUUCGUUUCGAUUUUUCCUUUUGGUUCGUGUUUAUUCUUGACUCACAUUUUCCCGUCCCUCCUCUAAAAAAAAUUAAACACAUCCGCAAGUUCUACCUAGUCGGAUUCUCUCCUGUUUUUUUGGUCUGUCCUACACACAUAUUUCCCUUCCCCUCUUCGUGUUGCUCUUCUUGUGAGAUCUCAUCUCGCCCCUUAGCUUCUGUCCUUACCUCCAACAUUUUCUUCUACCUACCUAGGCAUUAUUUCGAAUCUCGAGGAUCGAUAGCUUCUCUUCUCCCCAAUUCGUCUAACUAUGCUGCCCUUACGAUAAAGGGAAAUAAUUGAAGGGCUUCCCCAUGUUUCCGUCUAAGGUGCCCCGCGUCUUCGUCCUCGCCAGCGUUGCGCUUCUGUUCCUCGUCACCUACACCACUCUCCACCUCUACCACCACAUUCCGCCAUCCUACCCGACGGCAGACUCGAAGAUCGUCCAGGUUCAAGAUGCGGUGACCAUAGAAAAGCAGCCAGACUCUAACCAUCAUAUUGGAACAGAGGGCACGACCGGCGACCCCUUGGACCCGGGUUCGGAUAUUUCGACCUUGGAACCAGCCAUCCAAGAUGGAGAAUCGAAUCAAAAACCGCCAAUCGAGACUGGAAGUGGUACUAACGCUGGGGGCCAGUCCGAAGAGCAUUCGUUACCGCUGCCUGAUCCCAAGCAUUGUCGCAAGGAACUGGAUUUUCUGGUUCGCUCCAGUGUCGACUUGGAACUAACAGAACGUGUGCGCUACAUCCGGCGCUAUAUACAACCAAUAUUUUCCAGUAGUGUCGAUAGGGACGACGUCGCGAACGUUACCGAGCCACUCAUAAGAGACGAAGUAGAAGUUGACUUGUACGAUUGCGGAGACGUUAAACUCCCCGAGUUCGCGCCGAUCAAACUCCAGGUCCCAAGGCCUCACCCCGAGGAAGACUUUUCUCACCUUAUAUUCGGCGUAGCGACCAACUAUGAUCGCUUAAAGGACUCGAUCGGUCCUUUUGCGCAUUGGAUUUCUGGCACCGGCGCAAAGCUCGUGGCCGUCGUCAUAGACGCCAAAGAGAGGUCGCAUAAAGAGAUGAGGUUAUUGCAGCAUGAUUUUGACAUUGCCGGAAUCAAUGCCACUUUAGUGAAGCCCAUCAACAAGAAGUUUACGACGUCUCAAAAUCACUUCACUGUUCUAGUCAACAUGCUUGAGAAUAGCAACCCCAAUACCCAGUGGUAUGGCCUCCUAGACGAUGAUACCUUCUUCCCGACUUUAAAGCCCCUGUCGGAUGGUCUCGCCACGCUGGACCAUAAUGUCGACGCCUACGUCGGCGCCCUCUCGGAGGACUUUCAAGCCGUCCGAGGCUUUGGUUUUAUGGCUUUCGGCGGCGCCGGCGCAUUUCUGUCAGCACCUCUCGCCAACAAAUUAGGGAACCAAGCAUUAAAAUGCAUCGAUGAAGCGAUCGGUAGAGAGGGCGAUACCAUUCUUCGCGAUUGUGUAUACUCCAACUCAAAGGCGAAGCUCACUAUCCUCCCGGGUCUCUACCAGCAGGAUAUCACAGCUGAUGUUAGUGGUUUCUUCGAAGCAGGAUUGAGACCGCUGACCCUUCACCACUGGAAGAGUUGGUACAGAGAACCAGUCGAGAAAAUGGCCAAAGCUGCCAAGUUCUGCGGGGAUUGCUUCUUACAGCGCUGGCGGUUUGGCACGGAUACGGUCUUUUCAAACGGCUUUUCUAUUGCCACAUACAAAGAUGGAGUAGAGUCGGUCAACCUACAACUGAUGGAGGGUACGUGGGGCCAUGCCGAUAGUAAGGAUUUCGAUUUUUCGCUCGGUCCUCUAAGAGCACCGUACCCCGCAGAUCAGAAGAAGAGUUACAAACUCAGAGAAGCGGAGUUUGCAGCUAACGGGGAUCUGAAACAAUUAUACGUCCGGAUGGGCGAUUCUUCGGCGGGUGAAUACGACCAGGUGGUCGAACUGGUAUGGCAAAAGCAUUAGGUCAUUGGCGUUAUGGAUCGAGGAGUAACGGGAUGCAUACAUUGUUCUGGUUCCGUGAAGGGCACCGAUUGGGAACGGUGACAUUGCAUAGGCAUUUUUCGCAAACUGUCUUGGAGUUUUGAUCGAAACUCCUAUUGAAUUAUACCCAGAUAUUUUCUUCAUGACGAACAUGAUUCCGACUUCUCAUGACUAUUAUCGAUCGCCUUUCUUCGCCGUAUUGUUAGUGACGUGUUAUUGCCUAACUCAUGAUCCUACAAGGGUCGCUAUCAGACAUCUACUACCAUGAAUGUCAGGUGAGAGGCUGUACGAGGUGUAUACGCGUAAGACAAGUGAUUGUUCGCGCAGAUGUAUAAGGAUUGUUCAUCCGUGUUUAUCUUAGUAAGGAAC